UUCUACAGCUUGCUUAUGCCUUCACUAGCAUUACAGGAAUAUCGUAUCUAAGAAAGGGGCACUGUGCCAUACACACAGCGCGUAGGUAUACAGAGAAUUCUUCAUUUCAAGAGCGAUGAAAGUUAUACUCCUACUGCCAAUAUCACUACCACUCGUGUGCUUGGUGAUAUCAGCUAAAUCAGCUAAUUACCAACUGCUCGUGAUAUCUAACUCGACUAUCUAUCGGGGAGCCAGUCGAAUCCUUACAGAAGACCUGGAUGAAACAGGGUCCGCUCGAUUUUCCAAACUUUUGUGCGCCGCCAUGUGUUUGAACCUCUCCUGGUGUAACUUGUGGUGUCUAGAUCCAGUCGAGAAUUCGACUUGCCACUUAUUCAGGAUGUAUGUCGUGGCUCAAUAUAAAGAGAACAACAUGGCCGACGCCAUCACAUGCUACACGUCAAGCAUCACCGAUUACGUCGUUGGAGCAGCUAUAACAGGGGCGCCGGCAGAUUCGACGAUGGCCGCCAGGGUGAUAAGCAGUUUGAUGGACGGGAUCUACACCAACCAAGCGGGCGAAUGCUACUUCAGCGGAGACAGGUACAACCCGUUCAUAAAACUUGACAUCGGAAGUGCGAAGCCCAUUCGUCGAAUUCUGAUUGUUCUACAACCGAAUUCAAACGUGGUCAAGUUUUACGACAUCGAAGCCAGAGUGGGACUGGAGGACAAAGCAGAGGCCGCCUUCUCAGAGUACCUCUUCUUUGGGACUUUUCCUGGGCCUUCUUCCGUUGCCCAAGAGAUCAUCUUCGAGAAGGACCCUCCCGUAAUGGCUCGCUACGUCACCAUCCAACGAUGGAGCGAUCGUUCGCAGUGUCCCUUUGAGCAAACAAACAAUAACUACUAUUGCAUGAUGCAACUAUGCCAUCUGGAAAUAGGCUAAGACUAAGCAACGUCCUUUAAGGGCCAAGCUUGUUUCCCAAUCACGUCGUGAAGUGUCCGCGUGCAAAUAUAGUAUCUCAGUUUUGUGUUUGCAGUGUAAAAAAUUAUACCCGCAUCGUCUUUAAGUUUUCGAGACAUUUCACAAAGGCAUUCUGGGAUUGGGCACAUUUUCACAGACAUGUUUCUCUUUCUAUAAAACCAAAGA